AUGCUGCGGAUUCUGCUCUGCCUGGUAAUGGGCAUACUCGGCUGUCGGGCCGCCUGCAAUGUCUGUUCUAACGAGACCAAUACUGUCUGUGUAUCGGAAACUGCUUUCAUGUUUUGUGAAGAAGCAUUGACCAUUGGGAUCUCAAACAACUGUCCCGACGGUUAUUAUUGCACGGAAAAGGACAAAGUUUGUCAGAGUAAUUCUGAACUCGCUGCUUGCAGCGCAGAUCCCUCCAGUAGCACCUCCGAGAGCACUUCAGAGUCCACAACUAGGAGCACAGAGAGCACCACAAACACUAUAGAGACCUCGAGCAGCACUACAGAGAGCUCCACCAGCACCACAGAGAGCACCACAGAGAGCUCCACAGAGAGCUCCACAGAGAGCUCCACCAGCACCACAGAGUCUACGACCAGUACUGCUAGUACUUCAAUCCCUGUGGAUCCAGCAAUCAUUGAUAUGUGUCAAGUCAAAGCCUCCACGGGUCGCUAUACCAAUCCGAAUGAUACCAGCUGCCGGAGCUAUGUCAUUUGCUUCUAUCGGGGUAAUGUCUGGUCGGGAAAUGUCUGGAAAUGCCCUUCAACUAAACCGUAUUUCAGUAGCAUCACCUCCGCAUGCGGAACGAUACCUUCCAAUUGUGUGUGAUGCUUUUACCUGGAUCAUAUGAUGCAUCUUUAAAGAAUUAUGUCCAUUAAAAUAUGUGAAAAAGAUAUAUACAUAUGUACAUAUGCACAUUGUUGCUCCUCUUCAAAAAUUAAGCAAUAACUUUUAUUCAGCUUAUAAGAGCAGCAAAUGAUUUAGGCAGACAGAAUCUGGAACAAGGAAAGAGGAGAUCCAAGAUUCAGAGAUUAUAAAUUCAUAC